AUGCGUUUUGGAAAGUUUUGGGCUCUGCUUGCCGUUUCCUCCUUGUUGAUCCAAAAGACAGAUGCGAUCGUAUGGAAAAUUUUAGAUAUUAAAGGUUUGUGCUAUGACAACAGAUCCUGUAUUGACCCGCUCCUUUUAUAUGGAGGCGCAGUAGUGAGUUGGUGCACUUGCUGGCGCCAUCGGUGGUCGCGGGGCUUCGAAAUUACACUAUUCGGUUUUCCCACUGGCGUUUGUCUUCCGGCCCGUCGUCGCCUUGAAGAGAGUUCACAGCCCAAAUUCAUGCGCGAGCUCCAAACACAAACAGAAUCGUGCCCUCAAUGCCAGCAAUGCCCGCUUGAUGACAAAUCCAUCAGUUGUCCACCGUGUGAGAAUGGAAUGUUUGGAGAGCCACACAUUAAGAAGUGGAGUGGAGAAUGGAUCGGCGACGAAGAGACGAUUGAGGUCUUUGGAUUUGGACAAUAUUUCUUGAAGGGAGUCAAUGGGGCUGAGUUGCCAGGUACUAUUGCUGGCUACAACGUUACUCACACCGAGGAGGGCAAAAACAACCAUGCCUUCACCAUUGAUGCUGGCGAUGGUACUCUCGUGAUCCUCAAAACGAACAAGGACAUUGUUUCGGUCAAGUUCAAGCAUGGAUCAAGGUCGAUAGAUCACUUUGAGGGAAGCGAAGGUCUUAUGGGCACUCUUGAGACCGGCGACAUGUUAGGUAGAGAUGGCGUCACAAUCUUGAAGGAUCCCAAUGAGUUUGGCCAAGAGUGGCAAGUCCGCGACGACGAACCCAUGAUCUUUCAAAACGCUGAUCGUUCGCCUCAAUACCCAGCAAAGUGUCUUCUGCCCUCGCCCACGGCCUCCAAAGGACGUCGUCUAGGUGAAGAGCCAAUUUCAAGAGCAGAUGCGGAAAGAGCUUGCGAAAACUGGGAUGAGCUCUCCAAGGACGCCUGCAUUUUCGACGUGAUGGCUACCGGUGAUCUAGAGUUGGCGCUCCCUGGAGGAUACUAA